CGCUUGACAUUUCUUAGCUUGGACAUAUUUGAUAACCGUAGGGCCCAGUCAAACACCAACUCGAAGGUCGACUGGUAUUUGCUUGAAAAUGCGUGGCUGUAUGGAAUGCUCCCGCGACAACUUGUACUGUGGCUUACUAUUGUAGUCUAUCGCGAUGAAACUAUAGCGUUUGCUGCUUUCCGCGGGUCGCAUUUGGGCACGUAUAGGCUCAACUCGCACCUCCAAUGGCCUCAAACGGCACGUCGAUGGUGCACGAGCUUCAGGCUCGCAUCAAGGAGCUUGAAGCGUUGAAAAAGACUCGGGCCGAUGAGGCGGCACGAAUCAUCGCCUCCCAGCGUGCCACCAUCGACCGGCUCAAAGCGGACAAUCAGCGCCUCACAACGGACCUUGCCGCCGUUGGCAGCGCGGAUGCAGCGGCGGUUGCGGCGCUAGUGGCGGCGGGGGCGUCGUCGGUGCUCGUGAAGCCCACCGGCCUGACGCCGGCGCAGUCAGAGCGGGCGGACAAGCUGACGGAGGUGGCGGACACCUACAGCAGAAAGAUUGAGGUAGAGCGGCGGCAGCUGGAGACGCUGGAGCGGGAGGUGGAGCUGGCACAGGCGCAGGUGCUGGCGAUGCGGCGGGACGUGGGCGGGCACAGCGGCACACAGGCCAUCUCCAUCGCGCCCGCCAAAGCCAUCAAGGCGCUGGAGACGCGGCUGGACGCGGCGCAGCGGCGCUUCAACGAGCACAUCGCCGCCAACCGCGACCUCAAGUCCCAGAUAGACGCCGCCGGCCGCCGCGCCGCCGCCAUGGAGGCCAUGAGGGCGCAGCUGGAGCGCGAGGUGGCGGGCGUGGCGGCGGAGCUGGCGGCCGUGCAGGAGGCGGGCCGCGUGGCCAGCGAGGCGCGGCACGAGGCGCUGGCGCAGAUGGCGGCGUUGCGUGUGGCUGAGGACGCGGAGGCGGCGGCGUUUGAGGUGGAGGUGCGCGAGCUGGCGGCGUGCCAGGCGGCGGACGAGAAGCUGCUGCAGGCUCAGGCGGCUCGCCUGACCAAGGUGGUGGAGGCGGCGGAGGCGGCCGAGGCGGAGGGCGGCGGCGGUGCCUCCGAGCCGCUGGACCUGGACAGUGUGGAGCAGGGCAUUGGCGUGGAGGCGGCGGCUCAGCAGCUGCAGCGAGCGGCGGGCCUGCCCUCCCUGCCCGAGGCGCUGCAGCACUACCUGGGCCUGGAGGCGGCGUCCUUCGAGCUGUUCGCCGCCUGCAACGAGGCCGGCGAGCGCAUCACCGCCAUGACCCGGGAGGCGCGGGAGCUGGAGGCGGAGGUGCGACAGAUGGAGGCGGAGGCGGUGGUGGGGCGGCAGCACGAGGCCAUCCGCCAGGCGCUGGGCCGGCGCGACGCGGCUCUGCGGCGGGCCGACUCCGUCACCGAGCGCCGCAGCGCCAUCGAGCGCCGGCUGGCCAUGCUGCGCAACGGCAUCUCGGUGUGCCUGCGUAGGCUGGGCGCGGCGGCGGCGGCGCAGGCCUGGGAGGCCGGCGCUCCCUCGCUCACAGGCGGCGGCGGAGGAGGCGGAGGCGGAGGCGGCACGAUUCUGGCGUCACGGGAGUCAGGCGCGGCGGAGUCAGGGGCGGGGGCGGGGGCAGGGGCGAUGGUGGGCGGGCGGCCGCCGUCGGGAUCGGGGCUGCAGGUGGCGGGGGCGCCGCCGCCGCACCCGUCCGUGGCGGCGUGCGCGCACGUGAUGGCGGGCCUGGCGCUGUUGGAGCAGCGGGCCAGCGCCAUCAUCGCCGUACAGGGCACCAUGGUGGGUCGCACCAACAGCCUGCCGCGGCCAGCCAGCGGCCGCCCCGCCUCUGCCUCGCUGCCUUCACCCGCCGGCACGCCGCCGCGCCCGCCCUCCAGCGGCGGCCCCGCCGCCGCGGGCACACCCGGGGCCUCAACUUCCACAGCCGCAGGAGGCGGCAGCAUCAUUGCGGGGGUGGGCACGCGAACGGGGGCAGCGCCGGGGGGCAAGGCGGCGACGGCGCCGCCGGCUGCGGCGCGGGUGGGAUCGGGGUUGGGGAAGGGUCUGAGCGCGGGGCCGCUGCCGAGCCUAGGCACGGCGGCGUCCGAGUAUGAGAUCAUAGAAGAUGAGGAUGAGGAUGAUGACGAGGAUGAGAUGCCGUUGACACGGGAGCAGAUCCAGGCGCGGGCGCAGGCGAGUCUGAAGGCGUGAUCGGUGGCGUUCAGUGUCGAGGUUGGAUUGGGGUUUAAUGCGGGUGGCGGAAUGGGGUGGUGGCGUUUGCUGCGGGCGCUGUCCUGUGGGUCUACCGAGCCUACUCUUCCUGGCUCUAGACGGUGUGCGUGGAUGAUUGGACACUGUAAGCCUGCUUACAC